AUGUCCAAACAAAACCCAAAAGAGAACGAAAAGCUGCUGCUCAAAGAGAAGGAGGUGGACAAAGCCACGGCAAGGGAGGAACCACCCUUGCUGCAGUCCCCCCAAAGCUCCUACACAACCAAACUCAGGAAGGUACAAGUUAAUAUCCCACUUCUUGACGCAAUAAAGCAAGUUCCAAGGUAUGCUAAAUUCUUGAAAGAGCUUUGUACAACAAGGAGGAGGAUUUCAAACAAAGAAGUGGUUAACCACUUGAUAUUUCCAGCAGAUUUUUAUGUGCUUGAGAUGGAGGAUUUGGCCCAUUCUACACCAUUGCCAAUCUUACUUGGGACGACCUUUCAUGAAAACAGCCCGAACCAAGAUCGAUGUGUCAAGGGGACGUUGACAAUGGAAUUUGAUGGCAAUAUCAUUGAUUUCAAUAUUUCUGAAGCUAUAAGGAAUAUCUCGAAUCCCUAG